CCUAGUAAUGGCGCUUGUCAUAGUCAAGUGACCUGAGUGUUGCAACAAACGUUGACGUGUUUGUCAUUAUCUGGUCAGCGUUAUUUUGAUUAGGCUUGUAACAAGUAUGUCUUGGGGAGGUCCGCCGCAGCAAGGAUAUGGAGGCUAUGGCACUGGGGCUGGAUAUUACCAGCAGCAACCUCAACAGCGUCCCCAGUACGGCCAGCCUGGACAGUAUAAUCAGGCUUAUGGUCAACCCCCUCAACAGCAAUAUGGCCAACCACGGCAACAGUAUGGACAGCAGCAACAACAGUAUGGCCAACAGUAUGGAGGAGGUUUCCAGCAAAGGCCUGGUGGGGCUCCCCCAUCAUAUGGGGCGCCACAAGGGUAUGGAGCCCCUCAGACAGCAGGCUAUGGUGGGGGAUAUGGGGCACCUGCACGGCCCCCAGGUAUAAGUCAGGAAAUGUGGAGCUGGUUUCAGGCAGUGGACCAGGACAGAUCUGGCACCAUCAACUCAACAGAACUUCAACAAGCACUGAUGAAUGGCAACUGGUCACCCUUCAACAGCGAAACAUGCAGACUCAUGAUAGGAAUGUUUGACAAAGACAGAAGUGGCACAAUAGAUGUUGGUGAAUUUUCAGCCUUGUGGAAAUAUAUUCAAGACUGGAAGAAUUGUUUUGAUGGCUUUGACACAGACCGGUCUGGAAACAUCGAUGCCCAGGAGUUAAAUAAUGCUUUCCGUACAUUUGGUUAUAAUUUGUCCCCAAAUUUCUGUGAUAUGGUUAUUCGUGUUUUUGACAGAAAAGGAAUUCGAAGCAUAAACUUUGAUGAUUUCAUUCAAACGUGUGUGAUGUUGAAAACAUUGACAGAUAAAUUCAGAGUGAAAGAUACACAACAGCAAGGAAUUAUCAACAUCAAUUAUGAAGAAUUCUUGGAAAUGGUGCUGGACAACACGCUGUUAAGACUGAAUUAAUCCAAACAGGUCUGUCAAUUGCUCAAACUGCACAAGACGUGUCCUACAAGAAGUCAACAUCCUUGCAAUGAUGGAGAAAGUUUCUCAUAGUUGCCAACAUUGCUCAACCCCAAUGAAAACAGAAGUCCUAUUCACAGGGAAGACUU